UCCGCGGUUAACAAUGACUGCAGCCUGAGAGCGGAGGUAGCGCCGCGGUCCCCUCAUGAUCACGCGCACGCGUACAGCACGAGCACGCGCCCGCGAGCCCGCCGCUCGGCCGCGCAGGAACCGAGUGCUGAGGAGAAAGCCCGAGGGGACCGGCGCCUUCCUGCACGGCCGCGGAACCCAACCAUCAUGAGUGAAAUUCCUAAGGACUCCUUGAAGGCCAUUCUGUUGGAGUUAGAAUGUCACUUUACAUGGAAUUUACUUAAGGAAGACAUUGAUCUGUUUGAUGUGGAAGAUACAAUUGGGCAACAGCUUGAAUUUCUUACCACAAAAUCCAGACUCACUCUCUAUAACCUCUUGGCCUAUGUGAAACACCUAAAGGGCCAAAAUAAAGAUGCCCUAGAUUGUUUGAAACAAGCAGAAGAAAUAAUACAGCGUGAACACUCGGAUAAAGAAGAAGUACGAAGUCUGGUCACUUGGGGAAACUAUGCCUGGGUGUAUUAUCAUAUGGACCAGCUUAAAGAAACUCAGAAUUAUAUAGACAAGGUAGGAAAUGUCUGCAAGCAGUUUUCCAGUCCUUCUAACUACAAGUUGGAGCGUCCAGAGAUUGACUGUGAGAAAGGGUGGGCACUCUUGAAAUUUGGAGGAAAGUAUUACCAAAAGGCUAAAGCAGCUUUUGAGCAGGCUCUGGAAGUGGAACCUGACAAUCCAGAAUUUAACAUUGGCUAUGCCAUCACAGUGUAUCGGCUAGAUGAUUCUGAUAGAGAAGGGUCUAUAAAGAGCUUCUCUCUGGGCCCCCUGAGGAAAGCUGUUACCCUGAAUCCAGAUAAUUCCUACAUCAAGGUUUUUCUGGCGCUGAAGCUUCAAGAUGUGCAUGCAGAAGCUGAAGGGGAAAAGUAUAUUGAAGAAAUCCUGGACCAGAUAUCAUCCCAACCUUAUGUCCUCCGUUAUGCAGCCAAAUUCUAUAGGAGAAAAAAUUCCUGGGACAAAGCUCUUGAACUUUUGAAAAAGGCCUUGGAGGUGACACCAACCUCUUCUUUCCUGAAUCACCAAAUGGGACUUUGCUAUAGGGCACAAAUGAUCCAAAUCAAGAAGGCCACUCGAAACAGACCUAAAGGAAAGGAUAAACUGAAAGUGGAUGAGCUGAUUACAUCUGCUAUAUCUCAUUUCAAAGCAGCCGUGGAGCGAGACUCUAUGUUUGCAUUUGCCUACACGGACCUGGCCAACAUGUAUGCUGAGGGAGGCCAGUACAACAAUGCUGAAGACAUUUUUCAGAAAGCUCUUCGUCUGGAGAACAUAACUGAUGAUCACAAACAUCAAAUCCACUACCACUAUGGUCGCUUUCAGGAAUUUCACCGUAAAUCAGAAAAUACAGCCAUCCACCAUUAUUUAGAAGCCUUAAAAGUCAAAGACAGGUCUUCUCUGCGUACCAAACUGACAAGUGCUUUGAAGAAACUGGCUACCAAGAGACUUGCUCACAAUCCUUCAGAUGUGCAGAGUUUAAGUGCCCUAGGGUUUGUUUACAAGCUGGAAGGAGAAAAAAGGCAGGCUGCUGAGUACUAUGAGCGGGCCCAAAAGAUAGAUCCAGAAAAUGCAGAAUUUCUUACUGCUCUCUGUGAGCUUCGACUUUCCAUUUAAAUACAUAUUCUAGGAAAUUAGUUCCGAGCGUUUCUCUCCAUUUUGGGUUGUUACAUUUUUGUUUAUUGUUUUAACCCAUUCUUCAUUAUAAAGUUCAUUUUUAUUGAAUGAUUAUUGUGUACCAAGCAUCAUGGCUAAAUAUAUACAUUAUGGUGACUCUUCUGUUGUUUUUAAUUAAAACACAAUAAUCCAUUGAGAAACUGCAACAUUCCAGCUGUUGUAACUUUUUAAAAUCAUAUGGUCAUGACUUUAUAUCCUUUUUCUCUCCUAUUCAUAAUAAUUUCCUGAUUAAAUUUUGUCAUAUUUUCCAUAUUACUCACUUAUGCCAUGAGUAUAAUCCUGCAUAAUCCCUUGACAUCUAAGCCAGAAACACUCUUUUAGGAGUGCAAAAUUAUAUUAUUAAGCAUUUAACUAUGUAGCUUGCAAAAGAUGGAAACUUCUAGUUACAGAUGUUCUGACUUUGAUGAAGAUAUUUAGCCAUCAAUGUGACAGUUACUUAAAAAAUAUUCUUUGUUGGAAGAAAAAAGUUCAUAAUAAUAACUUUGUCAUCUUUGAUGACUUCAGUAAAAGGAGAAAAGACUAGAAAAUGAGGGGAAAAAAAACUUCCCCAGAUAUAGAACUUAAGGGACCUGUGAGAAAUCUCAAGUAUUAUCUGCCAGAAUGUUCAUUAAGUAGAUAGAAAUAGUGAUGAGAAAAAAAAUGAAUAAUGGAAAAUCAUUGGUCUCAAAUUUCACUAGUUCUUUUAACUAGAAGAGUAAACCUGAAGUGAAUCUAGGUGGAAUUAAUUUCAUUCCUUCCAAUUAAAAUUGCAGUAUUUGGGGGUUAAAAUCAUUGAGGUAAAUAGCAUACCAGUUGCGAAAUUGGGAGAAAUGAUAGUCAAAUGGGUGAGGUAGAUGUCCCUAACCUAUAUCCCUAGAUUACCAAGAUCUCAGUGCUUUAGUUUGGGGUCUGAACUGAGUAGAGUUUUCUUGCCUACAAUUUCUGGCCUUUGGUUAACUGCUUUAGUAUUCUAAAGUUUACUUCUGUGAGGCUUUUCCUUUGUCUGAAGUUUUCAGAUUGACAUGUUUUCCUUUAGGUCCUCUAGGAUAGUUAAGCCCUGUUUUGAGUUUUAAUAUCCACCUUGAAGGGUCACUGCUUUAAGGGCUUAUAUCCCAGAGGAGUUUUUACAUUGGGAUGUUACUAAAAGUGGCUUCGUUAAUGUUAUUUCUUUGAUUAUAGAUUACACAAUUACAUUUACCACUAUAGUAUUAGUGGAAAAAUGUGCCAUAUGAUUUAAUUCUCCAUACCGCCAGUGUAGCUCUUAAAACUCCUGUGUGUAUGUGUGUGGGUUUUUACUUUUUGUUCGUUUUUAUUUUUUUAAUUUUUAUUAUGGCUUUAUUAUAAAAGUAAUUCUCAUUGUAAAAUCUCAAACAAUAAAGAAGUAUAUGAAUUUAAAAGUAAGAGCACUCCCCUCACCCUAACCCAUUUCUGCACACCCAAGGUAAAAUGUUAAUAAUUUGAUAUGUAUCCUUCCAGAUAUUUUUUCUAUGCAUAUUCAAACAUACAUAAAUACUGCAGUGCGUCUAAUGAAUUAAAUUUUUUUAAAUGUC